GAAGAUAUGCAGCUCGCGCUGCCCUCUGCACCAGCAACAUGGAUUGUCACGUCUCCAGCCGCUUCCUCCUCCUCCUGCUCGCCUCUGCGCUCAGCUGCUUUGGGGAUCUGAGUCUCCAUCCGACCAACGAAGUUAAUCUGCUGGAUUCAAAAGCAAUUCAAGGGGAGCUGGGCUGGAUCUCCUACCCAGCACAUGGGUGGGAAGAAAUAAGUGGUGUUGACGAGAACUAUACUCCAAUCAGAACCUACCAAGUUUGCAAUGUUAUGGACCAUAGUCAGAACAACUGGCUGAGGACGAACUGGAUACCACGUAACUCAGCUCAGAAGAUCUAUGUGGAGCUUAAGUUUACCUUGCGGGACUGUAACAGCAUCCCACUUGUUCUAGGCACUUGCAAGGAAACUUUUAACCUGUAUUAUAUGGAGACUGAUGAUGACCAUUCAGUCAAAUUUAGAGAACAUCAGUUUACAAAGAUUGAUACCAUUGCUGCCGAUGAGAGCUUCACUCAGAUGGAUCUUGGGGAUCGAAUUCUCAAGCUCAACACAGAGAUUCGUGAAGUGGGGCCUGUAAGCCGGAAAGGAUUUUACUUGGCUUUCCAAGAUGUGGGUGCAUGUGUUGCCUUAGUAUCAGUGCGAGUGUACUUCAAAAAGUGCCCUUUCACUGUGAAGAACCUGGCUAUGUUUCCAGACACGAUACCUAUGGACUCCCAGUCAUUGGUGGAAGUGCAAGGUUCUUGUGUUAAUCAUUCCAAAGAAGAAGAUCCUCCCAAAAUGUACUGCAGUACAGAAGGAGAAUGGCUAGUUCCCAUAGGAAAGUGUUUGUGUAAUCCUGGCUUUGAAGAAAGAGGCUAUUCCUGCCAAGCUUGCCAAUCAGGGUUUUACAAAGCCUUUGCUGGUAAUGUGAAAUGUGCCAAAUGCCCACCUCAUAGUUCUACAAAUGUGGAAGGUUCUACAGAAUGCAAGUGUGAAAAGAACUAUUUUCGAUCAGAGAGAGAUCCUCCAUCUAUGGCUUGCACAAGACCACCCUCUGCUCCCAGAAAUGUUAUUUCUAAUAUCAAUGAAACAUCAGUUAUCCUAGAUUGGAGCUGGCCUUUGGAUACCGGGGGCAGGAAAGAUGUCACCUUCAACAUUGUAUGCAAGAAGUGUGGGGGAACCACCAAAUUAUGUGAACCAUGUAGUGCCAAUGUGAGAUUUAUUCCCCGUCAGAUUGGGCUCACGAAUACCACUGUGACUGUAGUAGACCUCCUGGCACAUACCAACUAUACAUUUGAGAUUGAUGCAGUUAAUGGAGUGUCAGACAUGGGUACCCUGACAAGACAGUUUGCUGCUGUCAGCAUUACAACUAAUCAAGCUGCUCCAUCCCCCAUUACAAUAAUUAGGAAAGACCGGACAUCUAGAAACAGCGUGUCUCUGUCUUGGCAAGAACCAGAACAUCCUAAUGGGAUCAUCUUGGACUACGAAGUCAAGUACUACGAAAAGGAGCAAGAGACAAGUUACACCAUUCUGAGAGCAAGAAGCACCAAUGUGACUAUCAGUGGACUCAAACCAGACACCACUUACAUUUUUCAAAUCCGAGCUCGAACAGCUGCAGGAUAUGGGAGCAACAGCCGAAAGUUUGAGUUUGAAACAAGCCCGGACUCUUUUUCCAUCUCCAGUGAGAAUAGCCAGGUUGUAAUGAUUGCCGUUUCAGCUGCGGUAGCAAUUAUUCUGCUCACAAUUGUGGUUUACAUCUUGAUUGGGAGAUUCUGUGGGCAUAGUAAAUCAAAACACAGCGCUGAUGAGAAAAGACUGUAUUUUGGCAAUGGGCAUUUAAAACUUCCAGGACUCAGAACUUAUGUGGAUCCGCAUACAUACGAAGAUCCCAAUCAAGCUGUCCAUGAGUUCGCGAAGGAGCUAGAUGCUACUAGUAUUGCCAUUGACAAAGUGGUUGGAGCAGGUGAGUUUGGAGAAGUAUGCAGUGGCCGCUUAAAACUGCCUUCUAAAAAGGAAAUUUCAGUGGCAAUCAAAACCUUGAAGGUUGGCUACACAGAGAAGCAGAGAAGAGACUUCCUAGGAGAGGCAAGCAUCAUGGGACAGUUUGACCAUCCCAACAUCAUUCGGUUAGAGGGAGUUGUCACCAAAAGUAAACCUGUCAUGAUUGUCACGGAGUAUAUGGAAAAUGGAUCUUUGGAUAGCUUCCUAAGGAAACACGAUGCUCAGUUUACAGUCAUACAGCUUGUGGGAAUGCUUCGAGGAAUUGCAUCAGGCAUGAAGUACUUGUCAGAUAUGGGUUAUGUUCACCGUGACCUGGCUGCUCGCAACAUCCUCAUCAAUAGUAACCUGGUGUGCAAGGUCUCUGAUUUUGGGCUCUCCCGUGUUCUGGAGGAUGACCCAGAAGCUGCUUAUACAACACGGGGGGGGAAGAUUCCAAUCCGGUGGACAUCACCAGAGGCCAUUGCUUACCGCAAAUUCACAUCAGCCAGUGAUGCAUGGAGCUAUGGGAUUGUUCUCUGGGAGGUGAUGUCUUAUGGAGAGAGACCAUAUUGGGAGAUGUCCAAUCAAGAUGUAAUUAAGGCUGUGGAGGAAGGGUACCGCUUGCCACCACCCAUGGACUGCCCAGCUGCCUUGUAUCAGUUGAUGCUGGACUGCUGGCAAAAAGACAGAAACAACAGACCAAAGUUUGAGCAGAUUGUCAGCAUCCUGGACAAGCUAAUCCGCAAUCCCAGCAGUCUGAAAAUAAUCACCAAUGCGGCUGCAAGACCCUCAAAUCUUCUUCUGGACCAAAGCAGCAUUGAAAUUUCACCUUUCCGCUCAACAGGUGAUUGGCUCAAUGGCAUUCGGAUAGGACACUGCAAGGACAUAUUCACAGGAGUAGAAUACAGCUCGUGUGAUACAAUAGCUAAAAUUUCCUCAGAUGAUAUGAAGAAAGUUGGUGUGACAAUUAUUGGGCCCCAGAAAAAGCUCAUUAGCAGUAUUAAAUCUGUAGAAUUGCAUACGAAGAAUGGCCCUGUUCCUGUGUAAGGUACCAAAAUGUCAAUGCUCAGGACACCCCAAGAAGUUGCUGUGAAAGGCAUGGUGACAAGUGAAAAACUGCGAGACGUAAAAGGCACUGUUGAAACAAUUGGGAAACAUUGUAUUUGGGUGGAAAGCUCAUGUCCUCUGAGAGACUCAUCUGCUGAGUUAAACUGCCUUAAAAUAGAAAUGAAAAUGGUUUUUUCCCCCUGUAUAUUUCCCCCCUUGUAAUAGUGGACUGCUUAAACAUAUCAUGCAUUUGGGGGGGGAAAUCCUUCCAAGAAACAUAGAGCCAUGCUAAUAUUAGGGGACUGACAUGACAGCGGAAGAAAAGCUGUGGAUGUUAUGCUGUAUUUUGACUGAUAGUCAGCAGCAGUUGGGGGGGGGGAUCCUUGCAGUAUUUUUUAUAAGCAGAAAGGAUAGGUGACUAGUAUUUUAUUUCUUUAAACCUAAUUCUUGUAAAAAUAUUUGGGGACAAUACCUCAGACUCCUUGCCAUAUCUGCAACAAUAUAUUUGCAAUAUUCUGUUUCAGUUCGGGAUGGUAAUUCAUGUAUAACUUUUGUGACAAAAUGGAGGCAAUACUUCACAUAUAAUGCUUGCCAUAAGGCUAGUUUUGGUGUGGUUGUUCUUUUUUUAAAAAAAAAGUCUUAAUUUUUUUAAAAAAUGAAAGGCAUA